GUCUCUGGAUUUUUUGGAAAAAGGUCGUCGAGCCCAGCAGAAUUUAGUGUCGCGUCGAAUUGGUCUCUGUCUUGUAUCGCGACCCUCGACAAUCUCUUAAUACGACCCCAGAGACAUCUCCGCCACGAUGACUCUCUUCAUCCUCACAGAAACCGCCGCCGGUUAUGCGCUGCUCAAGUCCAAGGACAAGAAGCUCUUGAAGCGCACCGACAUCCACGAGGAGGCUGCCACCGCCGAGGGUGCCGCUGGCCUGCUCAAGCUUAAGCAAUUCCAGAAGUUCGACAGCGCCGCCGCUGCUCUCGAGGAGGCCGCUGCUCUCACCGAUGGCAAGGUCACCCCCAUGCUCGCCUCGCUGCUCGACAGCCUGAAGGACGAGAAGAAGGUCCAGCUUGCCGUCGCCGACCCCAAGCUCGGCUCGUCCAUCAGCAAGCUCCCUAAGCUCGACAUUGAGUGCAUCGCCGACUCUUCCACCAACGACAUCUACCGUGCCAUCCGCGAGCACCUUCCUUCGCUCAUCCCCGGUCUUAUGCCCGAUGACAUCUCCACCAUGUCCCUUGGUCUGUCUCACUCGCUCUCGCGCCACAAGCUCAAGUUCUCCCCCGACAAGGUCGACACCAUGAUCAUCCAGGCCAUUGCCCUGCUGGACGAUCUGGACAAGGAAUUGAACACCUACGCUAUGCGUGUCAAGGAAUGGUACGGCUGGCAUUUCCCCGAGAUGGCCAAGAUCAUCAACGACAACCUCGCUUUCGCUCGUGUCAUUCUUGCCAUGGGUGUUCGUACUAACGCCGCCACCACCGACCUUUCCGACGUUCUUCCUGAGGAGAUCGAGGGCGCCGUCAAGGCCGCCGCCGAGGUUUCCAUGGGUACCGAGAUCACCGAGGAGGAUUUGGAGAACAUUCAGGCCCUCGCAGAGCAGGUUGUUGGCUUCACCGAGUACAGACAGCAGCUCUCAUCAUACCUCACCGCCCGUAUGCAGGCCAUUGCCCCCAACCUUACCGCUCUCGUCGGUGAGCUUGUCGGUGCUCGUCUGAUUGCUCACUCUGGUUCGCUCCUCAACUUGGCCAAGUCGCCCGCCUCGACCAUUCAGAUCCUCGGUGCCGAGAAGGCCCUUUUCAGAGCUCUUAAGACCAAGCACGACACACCCAAGUAUGGUCUCAUCUACCACGCUUCCCUCAUCGGCCAGGCAACUGGUAAGAACAAGGGUAAGAUCGCCCGUAUGCUCGCCACAAAGGCCGCCCUUGGUCUGCGUGUCGACGCUCUCUCUGACUGGGGAACUUCUGGCGAGGGUGACAAGCCCGAGCCCACUGAAGAGGAGAAGAUGGCUGUCGGUGUUCAAGGUAGACUUUUGAUUGAGAGAAGAUUGAGAGGCCUUGAGGGCAAGCCCAUCCGCAGUGCCGUCAAUGGAGUCGCACCUGCUCAGGCUCAGCCCGCCAAGUGGGAGGUCAAGGAGGCCCGCAAGUACAACGCUGAUGCUGAUGGUAUCUCCGCCAACGCUCCUGCCGCCAACGCCGACGCCGAGAUGGAGGAUGUUACCGAGGCCGGUGCCGAGGCUUCCAGCGACGAGGAGGAGAUGACCAAGGAAGAGAAGAAGGCAGCAAAGGCAGCAAAGAAGGCCGCAAAGGAGGCAAAGAAGGCCGAGAAGGAGGCCAAGAAGGCCGCCGAAGCAGCCGGCAAAUCGUCCAAGAAGAGAAAGCACGACGAGGACGAGGACAAGACAGAAAAGAAGAAGAAGAAGAAGAGCAAGGACUAGAUCGCCAGCUCCCUCUGAUCUCUCAUUCUUCUUUCUGCUGCCAUUUAUGUUUGCAUGUGGGCGCCAUCAUCAUGGUCGGAGUACCGGAGUCGCUGGUCGUGGGGUCUAAAAGAGCGGUUUCUUGAAUUUGUUCCUGUCCAAAAGGUUUCUUUGGUUUCUUUCGUAUGAGAGUGGCGGAGGCGUUUCUACAUAUUACUUGAUCGAACCGAUAACCUCUGUACAAGCUGUAUCAUCAUGCUCUCUGCACAUGAUACGAUGUUUAUUCUUCAAUCUGCUCUUUCUUUCCUCGCCGCACGUCCAAUUAUGACAGGAAACAUGGCUAC